AUGGCAGCUGACUUUUCAUCUAGUGAUUUGGACAAAGUCUCUCAGAUUCCAAAGAAAGUGAAUGAAAUCUAUAAUAAAAUUGAUUCUAAAAUCCCUAGAAUCAACUUCACCCACAAAAAUCAAACAACCAGUCCUUACAUGAGUAGAGUCACCAUUAGAAAUCCGAAGGAGAGAUAUUGUGUUGGCAAUCAAAUGACUGUUCAAGUUGACAUGUUUGAUUAUUUUGGAAGGAGGAAGACCCAUGGAGGAGACUAUUUAAGAGCAAGGAUAUUUACUCCGGAAUUUGAAGCAGGAACUUCUGGAAGAAUUGAGGAUUUUGACAAUGGGACCUAUCAUAUUAAUUUCACUUUAUUUUGGGAAGGUAACAUUUCUGUGGCUGUAUUUCUAAUGCACCCAAGUGAAGCCAUAUCGGCUCUAUGGAAUUCAAGAAAUACUUGGCAUGGUCUUGUAGAUUACUCUGGGAAGUUUAUAAGCCAAAAAAAUGAGACUGAUACUAAGUGUGGCUUUGCUCUCAACAGAUCAGUAGAGCUAUGUGAGUACAUAGAUCAUAGAGAUGGUGAAUAUUUUUAUUGCAUCAAACCUACAAACUUCUUGUGCGAUUCACUAACAGAGAUAAAGAGUUGGUUCACUGGGAAUUCGAAAUUGAGUCCACUUGAAGCAAGUCUCUUAGUGAGGUCAAACGUCAAAGUGAAAAUUCUGAACGACUUUCAGUCCUUGAAUGUUGUUUCCUGUAGCUCAGAGAGUGCAAACAACAAGACAAAAUGCAAAAUUGGAAUGAAGUUAGAAUUUCCUGGUGGGUAUUUCAUGAAGAAUGUGUGGUAUCCUAGAGAAUGUACAAUGAUUACUUAUCCCACCACAGAGGAUCUGAACCAAUGCAUGAAGGAAAAAUUCAUCUACAUGUUUGGUGACUCAACUCUGAAAUUGUGGAUGAAAUAUUUUCAGAAAAAACUUAAAAAUAUGACAAUGCUAAACUUAUAUGGAGAUGGAUGGGCAAAGCCACUUUUAGGCAUUGACCUAAAGAGGAAUAUGAAAAUCUUAUGGAAAAGACAUGCACAACCAUUUGUUAGUAGUUCAUACCAUUCUUGUAGAGAAGACCGCACUAUCCCUCGUGAAAUUGACCUAAUUGGAGGUAACCAACAUACAAUCAUUGCACUACACAUUGGGAUACAUUUUAGAUCUCAUCCCAUCCAUCACUACAUCAGGAGACUCUUCAACAUUAGACAUGCAUUGGAAAGACUCUUCCAUAGAAGUCCUCAAACCAAAGUAAUCAUUAAGACUGAGAACAAUGGAGAAAUUGAUGUUUAUGAAUCAAAAGGUGAUUUCCAUGGGUAUAUUCAUUACAGAAUUUUGGAGUCUGUGUUUAAAGAUCUCAAUGUUGGCUUUGUCAAUGGGUGGGAUAUGACAAUCGCAUUUGAUUCCAAUAAUCUUCACCCACCAGAAGAAUACUAUAAGAAUGAAGUUGACAUGCUGAUGACUUACAUUUGUUAA